AUGGCCACGGACAGGCUGCCAGAGCCACGGAGGGCCACGCUCCGGAUCUUUCAGAAGAUGGACAGAGACCCCCGGCAGAGGCCUGCCCCUGUGGACCGGUACCACCGAGCCCUGGUCACAGGAGAUCUAGGCAGCCUCCAGCCACUGCUGGCCCGGCACCAUGGAGAUGCCAACGUGGUCUUUGAGAUCAGUAAGAAUGAGAUGGAAUGGCGGGUGACGUCUCCGGCCACCUUUGGACUUUCAGGCCUCUGGUCCCUGGAGUACAAGAGGGAGCUCACCACCCCUCUGUGCAUCACCGCCAGUCACGGUCACACCGCCUGUGUACGCCACCUGCUGCGCCGGGACGCCGACGUCAACGCAGCUCCCGGCGGGAAGAGCGCCCUGCACGAGGCCUGCCGAGGGGGUCACACGGACUGUGCAGAAUUGCUCCUGGAACACCAAGCCAACCCCAACCUGCUGAGUGAGGAGGGCCUGGCCCCGCUGCACCUGUGCACCUCCCAGAGCACUCUCGGAUGUGCCCAGAUGCUGGUAAAGCAUGGAGCCCAGGUAAACCAAGUCAGCAGUGAGAGCCUGGAGAGCCCCCUUCAUGUUGCAGCAAAGCACGGCCUCGUGGAUCACACACUCCUUUACUUACAACACGGGGCCAUUGUGGACACUAGGAAUAGCCAUGAAGAGACGCCCCUCAGUGUGGCUUGUGGCCAAGCCCAGGAGCCCUGCGGCCAGGAGCCCUACUUGGAGGUGUGCCGCCUGCUGCUUCACCAUGGUGCAGACACCAACGCCACCGAUGAGGAAGAGAAAAGUCCCCUCCACAAAGCCUGCAAGAAUGCCAGCCACUGCUUGGUCCAGCUACUGCUCCAGAAUGGAGCCAGGGUAAAUGUUUUCGACUACAAUGGCACCUCCCCCAUGGCCUCUGUUCUGCAGACAGCCUCCUUCAAGAGGGAGUACAGACCCCAUCGGACCGUGCAAAUGCUCCUCAACCAUGGCUCCCAGAGGAUCUGGCCAGGAGCUUUUGAGAAGGUACUGAAGUCUUGUGCAUCCACCCCAGAAGUCAUUGGGAUCCUUUUCAACUCCUACUCAAAGCUCCGGAUCUCAGAAAAAUGGAGAGAAGUCAUUCCUGAGGAAGUGUUUCAGAUGCAUCAGCCUUUUUACCAGUCUCUCUUCAUGCUAUCUCACACCCCGAGGUGUCUGCAACACCUGUGCCGCUGUGUCAUCCGGAAGCACCUUGGCAGCAAGUGCUGGUCCCAUGUUCCCCGGCUGCCCGUGCCUGACCCCCUACAACAUUAUCUCCUCCUGGAACCAGAGGGCUUGUUGUUUUGA